AUGGGUACCAGAACCAGCAUAGACCGGCCAGGUCCGGUUGCAUCUGGGUUGACGCCUUUACAAGGCUAUGAGAAAGAUGAUUCUCUAUCGAAGCCUGAAUACCACGAGGCUAAGACAUCUGGACUGAAGCAGAGAGAGGACAGAGACAGUAUAGAAGACCCUGUAUCUCCUUCUCCUAAGUCAGGCGGGCUACCACAACGGCCCGAAGGAUGGAGUUGGACACUGGCAGUUAUUGUACUACUCGCUUCUGCCUUUCUUUAUGGCCUGGAUACUACCAUUGUGGCAGACGUUCAAGCACCAGUGAUAGAGCAAUUUGGUGCUGUUCAAAAGCUCAGCUGGCUCGGAUCCGGUUUUCCCCUUGGAUCAGUUGCCACCAUUCUUCCAAUCAUUAAAAUUAUAUAUAUUGCCUCGAUCAUCUUGUUCGAGGCCGGAAGUGCACUGUGUGGUGCCGCACCAAACAUGAAUGCACUGAUAAUAGGGAGAGUAAUUGCUGGAAUUGGUGGUUCUGGAAUGUAUCUUGGGCAAGAAUCAAUACUAAUGCUAACAAAAUCAACUCUUGUGCUGACAGAUACAAGGGUCCUUACAUAUUUCUCUGUAUUUGUCCCAGAGAGGCGCCAGCCGCUUUACGUGAGUACGUCUGGGUUUGUUUGGGGACUCGGUACAGUUAUUGGGCCCGUCAUAGGAGGCUUAUUUGCACAUAGUAACGCCACCUGGAGAUGGAUUGCUAACGUGGCUAUCAAGGCGUUUUAUAUCAACCUUGUCCUAGCUGCCGUGAAGGCACCAGUGCUUCUACUCCUGGUUCCUGACUAUCUGCCUAAACCCCACAAGGGAGCUCUUCAAAAGCUGAAAGAGUUAGACAUCAUCGGUAUGGUUCUUAACGCCGGGAUAUAUGUUGGAUGGGUAAUUCCCAUGACGUUCGCUUCCACUCUCUGGGGAUGGUCCGAUAAUCGCACAAUUGCCUCGUUCGUCGCCUUCGGUGUUAUCUUUAUUGCAUUUGCAAUUCAGCAGGGCAUUCCUCUCUUCACAACUCUAGAGAGACGUGUUUUUCCUGCCCAGUUCUUGAGACGCACAGUGAUGAUCCUUUUAUACGUCAGCACGUCCUGCACGAAUGCCGCUCUUCUCGUCCCUGCCUACUAUAUACCGCUAUUUUUCCAGUUUACCAGAGGUGAUAGUCCUGUGGAUGCUGCAGUACGUCUCCUUCCUUUGAUCGUUCUAGCUAUUGUAUCGGUUAUGGUUCAGGGGAUCACUAUGCCCCUGGUUGGAUACUACGCUCCAUACUACACCAUAAGUGGUGUCUUGAUAGUAAUUGGUUCAGCUCUGAUGUCGACGGUUGGUGUGGACACUCCAGUUGGCAAUAUCUAUGGCUACAGCAUUAUUAUUGGAAUUGGAACCGGACUUGGUGUACAGGCUUCCUAUGGAGUUGCAGCCGCGAAAGUCAAGGAAGAUGAGGUUCAGCAUGCUAUUAAUUAUAUCAACUUGGCUCAAAUCGGAGCUGAGACCAUCUCUCUUACUGUUGCUGGAACUAUUUUCCAACAGCUGGCGUUCAAGAAUCUUUCCAAAUACUUGGCUGGGCGAGGCUAUACUUCUGCAGAGCUUAUUGCCGCCAUUGCUGGGACACAAUCCGUCAUCCUCCAGAACGGCUCUGAGGAAGUUAGGUCGCUGGCAAUCGAGGCUAUCGUGGAAGCUAUGAAGAAAGUCUACAUUUCUAUGAUUGCAGCUGGAGCCCUUCAGGUGAUAUGUUCGGUCUUCCUCCCUCGAGAGAAACUCUUCAUGAAGUCUGCUGCUGCAUAA